AUGUCUAAUUUAACAUCUUCUAUUCAAUUAACUAAACAAUCAACUUAUAAAUUAAAUAACGGUCUUCAUAUUCCCGUUGCUGCUUUCGGUACCUAUUUAAUUGACAAAUCAAAAGCUUCCGAUUUGGUAUAUAAAGCUUUAGAAGAUGGUUAUCGUCAUAUCGAUACCGCGAUUGCUUAUCAAAAUCAAGGUGAAGUUGCUCAAGGAAUUGCAAAAUUCUUAAAAGAUCACCCAGAUGUUAAAAGGGAAGAUAUUUGGUUUACUACAAAGAUCGACAAUCCAUCUCAAGGUUAUGAGGAAACCAAAAGAGCCGUUCAACUAAUUUCAAAAGAAGUCAAACCUUUUAUUGAUUAUGUCGAUUUGAUUUUGAUUCAUUCUCCAAAAACAUCAAAGGAACGUCGUUUAGGCACGUAUAAAUAUUUACAAGAAUUGAUAUUGAACCCAAACAAUGAAGUAUUAAACUUGAAAUCAGUUGGUGUUUCUAAUUAUGGGGUUGCUCAUUUAGAGGAAUUAUUCAACUGGGAUGGAUUUUUAAUUAAACCAGUUGUUAACCAAUUGGAAUUACAUCCAUGGUUGCCUAGAUUAGAAUUAAGAGAAUAUUUAUAUAAACAUGAUAUUUUAGUGGAAGCUUAUUCUCCACUUACUCAAGGUUAUAAAUUAAAUGAUCCAGAAUUAUUACAACUCGCGGAGGAAUACAAGAUUAGCAAGAUUGAUAUUUUACUUAAAUGGUCUUAUCUUCAAGGGUUUAUUGUUUUAGUUAAAACCGAUAAACCUGACAGAAUUAAACAAAAUUUGGAUGUGUUACCAUGUGGUAAGAGAGAUGAUGAUGAAUUACAAGAGAAUGUUAAUUUAGGUAUUGUUGAUUUGGACCCUGCAAUCAUUGAAAAGUUAAAUAAACCGGAUUCCCAUGAAGUGUUGACUUGGGGUGGUGUUGAUCCUACAUUAUACAAAGAUGAAUAA